AUGGCUUCCCUUCCCUUUACCACUCUCCCUUUGCUUUCACUUCUCUUAAAAUUAGCUUAUUCAUCACCCCAUGACACCUUGAUACCAUACAACACCUCCGGCAUCGCCUCCAUGAAGCUCAUGAACAUCAUAGACUCGUGUUGGCGAACCAUCAACUGGGCUACCAACCGAGAGGCAUUGGCCGAUUGUUCUGUCGGCUUCGGGAAAGCAUCGAUAGGAGGCAAAUAUGGACCGAUUUAUUUAGUUACGAACCCUUAUGAUGAUCCGGUCGACCCUACUCCCGGCACACUUCGUUUCGGUGUAAUUCAGUCGAGUCCACUUUGGAUCAUUUUUGCUACCGACAUGGUUAUCACUCUAAAAAACGAACUGAUAGUCAAUAGUUUCAAGACCAUCGAUGGCAGAGGAGCUAACGUCGAGAUUGCGUACGGACCCUGCAUAACGAUCCACGGGGUUACCAAUGUUAUCAUACAUGGGAUUAGCAUACAUGAUUGCAAGCCGGGGACGGCCGGUUUAGUUCGGAACUCCCCGACGUAUGUAGGAAAGCGCGGAGGCAGCGAUGGGGAUGCAAUCAGCAUUUAUUCCUCUUCCAACGUUUGGAUUGAUCACUGCUAUCUUGCCCGUUCGACGGAUGGACUUAUCGAUGUCAUUCAUGCUUCGACUGAUGUCACAAUCUCUAAUAACUAUUUCGCUGAACAUGAUAAAGUGAUGUUGUUAGGCCACAGCGACGACUUUAUCGCCGAUGAAGUUAUGAAAAUUACGGUAGUUUUCAACCGGUUCGGAGAGGGACUUAUCGAACGGAUGCCGAGGGUCCGCAUAGGCUAUGCUCAUGUUGCCAACAACCGAUACGACGAAUGGAAGAUGUAUGCCAUCGGCGGCAGCGCUAAUCCAACCAUUUUGAGUGAAGGAAACUACUUCAUAGCCUCCGAUGAUCCCGGCUCGAAAGAGGUUACCAAGAGAGAAACAAGUAAUUGGGAAAGUUGGAGAUGGCAGAGUUCGAGAGAUGUGUUUAUAAACGGUGCUUAUUUCGUUCCGUCGGGCCAUGGAAGUUCCGAUCCUCUUUACACCAUGGCUCAAGCAUUCAUUGUUGCUCCAGGAUACAUGGUCCCUGAUUUAACAGCUGACGCUGGUCCUUUACAUUGUCUAAUCGACAGACCAUGCAUGCUAUAA